CCCCCUCCCUUAGAACAAUUUCACAUGACGCAACGGUUGGAGGAAGAAGGAGCCCGCGAGCCGCCGCCGCCAUUUUGUGCGUGUGAGACGGAGACGGAGACGGCGGCGGCGCCGGCCCGGAGGAUGCGGUAGAGGAGCCCGGCGGCGGCGGCAGCAGCGGCGCUCGGCGGCGGGGCAGCGGCGCUCGGCGGCGGGGGCGGGGCGGGCAGGCGGGGGGCGCUGCGCGGCGGGCGGGGCGGGUCCGGCGGCCCGCUCGGACGAUGUCGGCCCCGGAGGGCGGCAGCGAGGCGCGGGAGGACGCGUGCCGCGACUACCAGUCGUCGCUGGAGGACCUCACCUUCAACAGCAAGCCGCACAUCAACAUGCUGACCAUCCUGGCCGAGGAGAACGUGCCCUUCGCCAAGGACAUCGUCUCCCUCAUCGAGGCGCAAAUCGCCAAGGCUCCUCCUUCAGAGAAGCUUCCUGUUAUGUAUCUUAUGGAUUCCAUUGUCAAGAACGUUGGAAGAGAGUAUCUUACUGCGUUUACUAAAAACCUAGUUGCAACAUUUAUUUGUGUAUUUGAAAAGGUGGAUGAAAAUACUAGGAAAAGUUUAUUUAAAUUACGCUCUACAUGGGAUGAUAUUUUCCCUUUGAAGAAGCUAUAUGCCCUUGAUGUCAGAGUCAACUCAUUAGAUCCUGCUUGGCCUAUUAAACCUCUACCCCCAAAUGUGAAUACUUCUAGCAUCCAUGUGAAUCCUAAGUUUUUAAAUAAAUCGCCUGAGGAACCUUCUACACCUACCUCUGGAGUCACUUCGUCUGGUGUCUCAACUCCUCCAGCUGUUCCUGAAAUACAGAAGAAUUUGACACAAGAGCAACUAAUAAGACAGCAACUGCUUGCAAAGCAAAAACAGUUAUUAGAACUUCAGCAGAAAAAAUUAGAGCUGGAGCUAGAACAGACUAAAGCACAAUUGGCGGUUUCUCUUAGUGUUCAGCAAGGAGCAUCUACCAUGAGUCCAGUUCCAGCACCUUCCAAGCAACAUGUGUGUCAGACUCCUCAGAUGUCAGUUAAAGCUUCCCCUGUGCAAUCUGAAAGGAACAGACCUUCUCCAAUCCCUCAAGUUCAUGAUAUUAAAUUAGUGAACAGAGAUCCUCGACUUAAUAGGAUGGCUCAGCAUUCCUCUCAUGCUAAAGAGCAAAGUCAUAGGAAGGAAUUUCUGUCAACCACAACAAAUCAGUCUGAUAUCAAGGUCAAUAAACCUGUGCCAACUGAAAAACAAAACGCAUCAAAGCAAGAAAAGUUAAAAUCAAAUGAAAAAAUACAGAAAAAAGAACUUGAUCAGGCAGAAACAAAAUCUAAAUCACCAUCCCCUUUGAAAAAUAAAUUAUCCCAUACUAAAGAUACUAAAACUCCAACAUGCGAAAACAUGAAAUUGUCUGAAAUUAGUAAGAGAGAUCCAAGACUAAAAAAGCAUCUUCAGGAGAAGCCAGAUGUUAAAGAUGAUGACGCAAAAGAAAAGAGGAAAAGUAUAGAGAAAAAAGAGAAAGAGGAACAUAAGACAUCUGAACACAGACCUAUUGGUAGUAGAAAUAAAGUAAUUAAUGGUGUUGUACAGAAACAAGAUGCCAACACGGAAGAUUCAGAAAAACAGGGUGGAAAACCUGGACGAUCCAGUAAUAGGAAAAGGUCACGAUCACGCUCUCCUAAAUCUCGAUCACCAUCUGCUCAUUCUCCAAAGAGGAGAGAUAGACGGUCACCCAAAAGAAGACUGAGGAGUCUGUCCCCUACCUCCUCAACUCCAAAAAUUGGAAAGCUUCGUCAGUCAGGUCUUAAACAAUCUCAUGCUGAGGAAUUUACUCAAACCAUGAGAGAGGAAAGAAACUCUAAUAAGAGAAACGUUAAACAAGAUGUGAGAGAUCCGAGGAGAUUGAAAAAAACUCAAGAUGAGAGACCACAGGAAACUGUAAAUCAGCAUUCUGCAAAAUCCACCCCAGAGCCAAAGGAGAAUGUGGAGAAUUGGCAAGGUCCCAAAUCAAGCAAAAGGUGGAAAUCUGGUUGGGAGGAAAGUAAAAACUUACAGCAGAGUGAAGAACAUCAAGGACUUGGUAAAUCACCACAUCAAAGGCAUAGGGAAAAUUGGGCAGCUGGUAAAGGAAUUUUGUCACCUCGCGCACCAAAACUGCAGCAUCGAUUGAGUGUGGAUGCCAAUUUGCAGAUUCCCAAAGAAUUGACUUCCGCAAGCAAGAGAGAAUUACUCAAAAAAGCAAAUGAACGUCUGGCGUCUGGUGAAAUAACACAAGAUGAGUUCCUGGUUGUGGCUCAUCAGAUUCGUCAGUUGUUCCAGUAUCAGGAAGGAAAGCACAGAUGCAAUGUGUGGGAUAGUCCUACAGAUGAAAAAUGUGGCGUGAAAAAGAAGCCCCUUCUUUCAGAUGCUGAAUUAACAUACUAUGAGCAUAAAGCUAAAUUGAAAAGAACACAAGUUCAACAUGCAUUUCCAAGGCUUGAUUUGUUGGAUCCUGAUGAUAUUUUAGACUACCAUUUCACAGACGCAUUGCUUUCUGGACUGGAAUGCGAGCAAGCAAAAAAACGAGCACAGUUUGACCGAAAAGAGCAAUUUGGAGAAAGGUCAAGACGGCAUUCUCCAAUAUCUGGUAAUAGACCUUUCACUGAUAAUCUUUCACCACAUGAAAGUGAGCGAAGACAUGAUGAGCAGAAUUCCUCUAAAGGAACAAGCAGUUCUAAAAGCUUUGAUCCUUAUGAUAGCUGGGGAGAAUCAGAUGAAUGUAGAGAUGUGUUUGGGCAACAAGGGAAAUGUACACCAGAAUUCCAGAAAAUUGAUGGAGAGGGAUUUUGCAAAUUUGAUAAUCCUGAAGACAGGCAAAUGCUUGGACAGAGUGGUGUUCGAGAAGAACCAAGAUCUCCGUUCAGUGAACGUUUCAAGAGAUCUAGAUAUGAAGAUCCAGAGAAAACAGCAUUUACUGACAGUCCUGGGUCAAGAUUUGGAGGCAUUGAAGUAAAGCAGAGAAUAACUGCAUUGAUGGAGGACAGACCUCUGUUUGAUGGGCCAUCUAGACCGCCUGCUUCAAGGGGAGGCGGAGAUGGACAAGCAAGUCAUUUUGUUGAUGGGCCAUCUAACACCUCAAAUUCUAGAAUUGAUGGGCCACCUGCACAGGCCUCUUUGAGGUUUGAAGGGCCACUAGGACAGGUUGGUGCUGGGGGUGCCCCUCAGUUUGAUGGACCGUUAGCACAGGCAGGAGGAGGGGGUGGCAUGCGGUUUGAUGGACCACCAGGACAGCUAGGCAGUGGCCUCAGGUUUGAGGGGCCCUCAGGGCAGGUAGGUGGAGGGGGUGCAAUCAGGUUUGAAGGCCCUCUUGGGCAGGUAGGGAAUGCUUUGAGGUUUGAGGGACCUACGGGCCCAUCUGUGGGUAGUCUCAGGUUUGAGGGCCCUACAGGCCAGCCUGUGGGUAGUCUCAGGUUUGAGGGGCCUCGUGGUCAGCCAUCAGGUGGUCUCAGAUUUGAGGGACCUCAUGGGCAACCUAUGGGCCCUCGUGUUCAUCCAGGGGCUGGUCUCAGAUUCGAGGGACCCCAUGGUCAACCUAUGGGACCUCAUAGUCAACCAGGGGGUGGCCUCAGGUUUGAGGGACCACAUUUACAACAACUGGGGCCCCAUGGUCAACCAGCGGGUGGUAUGCGAUUUGAAGGACCACAUAGUCAGCCUUUGGGACCACAUGGUCAACCGGGGGGUGGUCUCAGGUUUGAGGGGCCUCAUGGUCAGCCUGUGGGGCCACAUGUUCAGGCAGGUGGGAGUGGUCUCAGGUUUGAAGGGCCACAUAUCCAGCCAGGAGUUGGUCCUAGAUUUGAGGGACCUUCAGUUCAGACUGGGGGUGGACUUAGGUUUGAAGGUCCUCUAGGUCAAGCCGGUCCAAGAUUUGAUGGCUGCCAUUCGUCCAGAUUUGAUGGUCAACCUGGCCAGCUGUCUCUCUUGCAAAGAUUUGAAGGGUUACAUGGACAACCUGGCCCACGGUUUGAAAGGGCACCAGGUCAGCAAACACCUCCUCGGUUUGAGGGACUGCCUGGUCAACAGGCACGAUUUGAUACAACAAUACCUCAAAGAUUUGAUGGCCCUCAACACCAGCAGGCUUCAAGGUUUGACAUGCCUCUUGGUCUCCAAGGUCCAAGGUUUGAAAAUGUAGCAAAUCAUCCUGCCUCCAGACUAGAAACAUCACCUUAUGGGCAAACUGGUCCAUACAGUGAACAUCCCAAUCAGACCUACAAUGGACCAUCCCAUGGCAUGCAAUUCCAGAGACCUGAAAUGUUUGAUGGCUCUCAAGGACCAAAUUUUAAUGGGCCAGCUGGCCCUACAGCACAGAACUACCCCAGUCUGCUCAACAGAGCAUCUGGACAUUACUUCGAUGACAAGAAUCUUCAGGGUCCUCAAUAUGGAAACUUCAGUAAUAUGCCCAAUUCAAUGUCAGUAGGAAAUGCUCAACAACCACAUCAGGUUCCUGUUCUGUCUGUACCUUCUGGUCAACAUGUACCAUAUGGUCCAGGUCAACAGUAUUUACCAGUACGUGGACAAAAUCCUGGAGGUUUUGUUCAGAAUCAAGCAGAUAAUCACCUUGGUCAGCUUGAUGUAAAUGAAUUAUUCUCUAAACUGGUUUCUACAGGAAUCCUCAAAUUGUCAAAAACUGAUUCCACAUCAGCACAAGCAAAUGAAACUGCUCCGCAGCCAGCUCCUGAGGAGGAGGAGGAUGACCAAGACCAGAGCGAAGAUCAAGAUGUCCCAGACCUUACUAACUUCACAAUUGAAGAAUUGAAACAGCGUUAUGAUAGCGUCAUAAAUCGGCUGUACACUGGCAUUCAGUGUUAUUCUUGUGGAAUGAGGUUCACCACUUCACAAACAGAUGUUUAUGCAGAUCAUUUAGACUGGCAUUAUCGACAAAAUCGUACCGAAAAAGAUGUUAGUAGAAAGGUUACUCACAGAAGGUGGUACUACAGUUUAACAGAUUGGAUAGAAUUUGAAGAAAUAGCUGAUCUAGAGGAGCGUGCAAAGAGCCAGUUUUUUGAAAAAGCACAUGAAGAAGUUGUGUUGAAAACACAGGAAGCUGCUAAAGAGAAAGAGUUUCAGAGUGUACCUGCUGGACCAGCUGGAGCAGAUGAGAGCUGUGAAAUUUGUCAAGAGCAAUUUGAACAAUAUUGGGAUGAGGAAGAAGAAGAAUGGCAUCUAAAGAAUGCCAUUAGAGUAGAUGAAAAGAUUUACCAUCCAUCAUGUUAUGAAGAUUACCAGAAUACAUCGUCAUUUGAUUGCACGCCAUCUCCCAGCAAGACCCCAGUAGAAAAUCCAUUAAACAUUAUGUUGAACAUUGUCAAACAAGAAACAGAGGAGCCCUGUAACAGCCCUACAGUUACAGAACCACCAGUGGACACACCUGCUGCCUGUACAGAAGAGAGCACACCUGCAUCUAUAGAUAUUAAAACAGAGCCUGAAGAGGUUGAAUCAGUUUAAAUAAACUGAGGUAUGAUUUUUUUUUUUUUUUUUUUUUACAGAGGAGCUCUUGUGUUAACUCUCGAAGGCAUAUACUUUUUAUAUAAAAUAAAAUGAUCACCUGGGGCAGGGCCCCAGCUACUGUUUGGUUAAUAAAUACAUUUUUGUAUUUGAAUUUCUUACUGCCUGCACAGUUUCAGGUGUCCAUUGUGUGAAAGUUCUGUAGAUGCGUGCAAAUUUAAUGGAAUAUGGGAUUGUAUAUGUAAACAAAAAUGUACAAUUUUCACUUGUUGAAAUGUAAAUUAUAAAUAAAAGAUAUUUUUGCUAUAUAUGGAGUGUAAUGUUUAUGCACACCAUCGAAUGAAGACAGUGUACAUUUUGUUUGGUUUAAGUGGAUUUAAACAGAGACCUCAACUUAGACCUGUUGCUAAGUAGGAUUCUGAAAAACAAAAUAACUGAAAAGUUUUUUGGCUUCAGAGGAAGAGUAUCAAGGAAAGCAAUUAAAAAACUUUCUCAAAUAGCAACCCUAGACUUCUUUUCUUAUGUAAUUGAACAAACUUGCAUACAUACCCAGAUAUAAAGAGAGUAACUUAAAAGAUAGUUCUGGAGUGGAGGGAGAGUUAACAAAACCGUGAUUGAUUGUGGACAAAAGUGCCAACAACCAUUUGAUUAAUAAACCAGUAUACUCAGUAGUUGGAACAGAUUUUUUUUUUAUUAUUUUUUUUCCAAAUAGUCAAACACACAAAAACAUUUAGUACAACUGAAAAAAUAUUUUAAGUUACAGAAGAAGAAAAUGAAUGCUCAUUUUAAAACAUGGUUAACCUUUUUUCUUUGUUGGUUAUGACUGGAUUUAGAUGGUAAACAGGAUACCAUAAGAUGUUAAUAUUUCUUAAGUGUAAUAAAUAGAAUGAAGCAUU